AAAGAUGUCCCAUUGAUUCCUGAGUACAGCUGAAGCCAGAGAAGCCCUUGCCACAUCCGACCACCUGCGGAGUCUGGGUGCGGACUGGAGCUGAUGGGUUAGAUGUUAGAACAUGAGCAUAAAGGAUGCUCACAGAAUACCGACUCAGCUAAGCCAAGUACUUAUUCAGGAUGACACAGCAAAGCCUCAGGUCAUGGCUAACAGGACUUGGAGCUUCCUCCUGCCUGAACAGCUCCUUAGCCAAGACCUGGGCAGUCUGAGCGUGGAAGCACACAAGCUGUGUGCAGGAGCUCACACCAACGAAUCCAGCGCCUAAGGGGAAAACCGUUCUGCUCCGCGAGGGAAACAGAGCCGUUGACCAUGGUUGCAACGGGCAGUUUGAGCACUAAGAACCCGGCCAGCAUUUCAGAGUUGCUGGACGGUGGCUAUCACCCUGGGAGUCUGCUAAGUGAUUUCGACUACUGGGAUUAUGUUGUCCCUGAGCCCAACCUCAACGAGGUGGUAUUUGAAGAGACAACGUGCCAGACUUUGGUUAAGAUGUUGGAAAACUGUCUAUCCAAAUCAAAGCAAACCAAACUCGGUUGCUCCAAGGUCUUGGUCCCUGAGAAACUGACCCAGAGAAUUGCUCAAGAUGUCCUGCGGCUCUCCUCCACAGAGCCCUGCGGCCUUCGGGGUUGUGUUCUGCACGUGAACUUGGAAAUUGAAAACGUAUGUAAAAAGCUGGAUAGGAUUGUGUGUGAUGCUAGUGUGGUGCCGACUUUUGAGCUGACACUCGUGUUUAAGCAGGAGAACUGCUCAUGGACGGGCCUCAGGGACUUCUUCUUUAGCAGAGGUCGCUUCUCGUCGGGCCUUAGGCGAACUCUGAUCCUCAGCUCAGGAUUUCGACUUGUUAAGAAAAAACUGUACUCUCUGAUUGGAACGACAGUCAUUGAAGAGUGCUAAGGAGGAAAAAACAAUUAAAGUUCCCUAAUGAGUGGAUAAUAAACCUCUGAAGCUAUUCAGUCAGUCAUUUGUAGUUUGCCUGCCUGCCCUCACCAAGAACUCCCAGAUUUAGGCCAUCUUCCUUCUGGAUUUUUCACCCAUAGCAACCUACUUCAAAGGCUCUCUCUCUCUCUCUCUCUCUCUCUCUCUCUCUCUCUCUCUCUCUCUCUCUCUCUCUCCUCUGCUCUCACAGUGAUCUUCUCAAUGACAGGAUCUUACCAGAUGAUGUCCAGCCCAUCAAAAUAUACAGAGGUCCAUCCCACCAGCUUCCUAUUCAGAUCUGAAGAGUUCUUACACAAGAGGGUACAGUUAAAUUGAUGAGCUUAAUUAAAACAUCACCUUACAUAAGAGCAAAUAAAUCUCACAGUAGCGAGAGCAUGGCCUCUCUGCUUGGUGUUCUCCCCACACCCGUGCCCAAGAGACAAACUGCUUCCACUGUAUUUUAAUGAUUACAGGAUUGCUUUCAGUGUCUCUAGUAUCACGUCAGCUCAGUUUUCCUAGUUCUCAACUGUUGAAUGUUGGCAUUUUUUCAUAUCUUCUUUAAGUAGAGAAAGAGAGAUGGCACGCUGGCCUUUCUGGCAUGUAGUUGAUUGGACUGAGCAAAUGGUGGUUGCCCAUCUAUGAAGAUGGAGAGGGGUAACUCAGACCCUGCCCUGUUCGGGUCCACUUGACAACAUUACUACUUUAUGCCAUUAAGAUGCUUAGUCCCCAGGGAGGCAUCUCACCACAUCAAUGGUAGCUCAUCUCUGGCCUUUUCUGAGAACAGGACCACCUUUCCUUAACUUCACACUUAUUUUUAAUGGUCAGUGUUUGUCUUAUUGUUAAUGGUCAGUCUGUUUGCAGAACCUGGUUUGACUUUGAGAUGUUGUUGCUACUACAAACUAGAUGUGAAAAUUGUAUAACUUAAGACAACCAGUGCACACAUCCAGCCUCUGCCCACCCUACACACCCACUCCUAGGAAACAAUAAAUGCUUUGUUCCGUUGGUUUUUGUCUUAUUCUGAGUAACUAAAUGAGUUUCUGUUUUUAUGGCCAUGAGGUAAUUUACCCUCCACAUAACUCUGCUCUGUUCAGCAAGGUCUUUUCAUCCUUGGGUCAUGGAAAGGAGUGCAUCAGUUCUGCCCAAGCCUUUAGUACAAGUUCAUAUACCUCAGACACCAGCAUGGCUGAGACAGAUAUCUUCAUCCUGGCCUUACACAAAUAAGCCUGAUGCAGUUACUGAUCCUACAGGUGACCUAAGACAUCCCUGUUCCAGUGGGCAGGUGUUCUAACAAAUUGUGUACUUUGGAUGCUUGGGAAGGCGCCUCAAAGCCAGUCUUGACAGACUGGGGCAAUAGGCAAAUCCCUGUUGUCUUGUAGGCUUGCCGAUGUGCAGGGGUCUGAAGGUCACUGUGCUUUCACAGCUCUUUUGAGACACCACCUGGAAGGAUGCCGAGGCUUCUCAGGCAUGGACAUAGAUCCUUUUCCCACUAGCAGCUGUUCCUGGCUCUCUUGCCUGUUUCAAUGACAAAGUGAUGAUGGCUUAAGGUGGCACCUACAAUGAUAUUCCUGUUAAAAAAGUUCAAGUCUGUCUAUUUUUUACAAUAAAACAUUUUAUGUUUUUAA